UUGUUGAAUCAUACCCGAUCGCCAUCAGUCACUUUUCAUUGCCUGCUGGUUGCCGUUGCCAUCGGCGCUGCCAAGGAACGGAAUUCGCCGAGUUAGCGAAACAGUGUCCUCCCGAGUCUCUAGCUCUUCAAGUCCAGAGUUCCAACCAGUUUAUUGGAAUUUUAAAAUUCGGUACCGGUCGCUAACGAAUCCAAACUUCCUUCCGUUAACAUAAGAUCUCGGUCUGUGAAUCUUGAUCCUAAGUUUCAGCCUUCGUUGGAACAAAAAUGUAAUCAUUGAGUAUCGGAUAAUACAAACAAAAAAACUAAAUUCGCGAGUGCAUUAUUGAUGAGUGGAAAAUUGUGUCCCCAAUCGGCACUUCCCGUGUAAAGUAAUUUCGUUCUUCGAGUCUGUUCGCUGGAAACAAAGAAGUGAAAACAUUGCUCUUCGUAGACGGAGGAGUGGGCGAAUUGCCAAACCAAGGGAGGUUGGCCCAAACAGUCAAUCGAUUUUGCAAAAUUCUCUGAUAAAGCACAACGUUUGGCAGCGGAUAUCACGCCAAUAAUAGUAGCGAGUAGUGAUUAAAUUAUUCAUACAUUGUUUGAAAUAAAAACCGGGCGAAGUUUUCUAUUGGAGUUGAGCUGUUCUAAGGGAGGUAAAAAAAGGAUACUCCUAUAGGCGGGGGUCUAGGAAAACAGAACAGCUUUCGUCUAGAUAUAGUACGAACCGGACGACGAAGGAUCUGCCUACAGACAGCUGAGGAAAAAAAAAAAGGAUGGCUCUGGAUUUUGCGGCAACGUACAAGGUGCUGGUGCUGGGUGAUUCCAAUGUUGGCAAAACGUGCAUCGUUCAUCGAUAUUGCGAUGAGAGAUAUUACGACACGUAUAUUUCAACAAUCGGCAUCGAUUUCAAACAGAAACUGAUCAAUCUGGACGGGGUGCCAAUUAAGCUGCAAAUUUGGGACACUGCCGGUCAGGAACGGUUCCGAACGUUGACCACGGCCUAUUACCGCGGAGCGAUGGGCAUUCUACUGAUGUACGACGUGACAAGCUUGGAAUCCUUCAACAACCUUUCCUACUGGCUGAGGAACAUUCAGGAGAACGCAGCCCCGGACGUGGUGAAGGUACUGGCAGGCAACAAGUGCGAGUGUAAUCCACCCCAGCGGGCCGUGGACAAGGAUCGAGGAGACAAGAUUGCUGAGAACUUUGAGAUGCCAUUCUUCGAGGUAUCCUGCAAGCAAAACAUCAAUAUCGAGGAUGCAUUCCUAACACUGGCCCGUAAAAUCCGUGAACAACGAGAACACAGAGGUGACAACUUUGACGACGGCGAUCGCCAGAAGGGCCUCCAGGAUAUGAUCAAAAACGGACCCGGUUCCAAUGGGCUGGGACCGUUUACGUUAGGCAGCGGCGGCGAAGGUGGUCGAUGUUCCUGCUAAAGACUGGCCCGGUCCUGGUUUGACCUGGUUCUCUGCGUAGGAUAAUGGAAUUUGUGCUGAUCGCAGCGAUGAAAAGACUCGAAUUUUACCAAGAGAUUGAUAGCUUUUGUUAGCAGGUUUUUUUUUUGUUUUCUAUGGGACUGAAUCCCAUUACUAGUGUAUCGGUUUUCUUUUACCUGGCUCCGCCGUGGAAGCAGUUGGAAAGUGCACAAAUUUACAGAACAGGAAAUGUCUUUUUAUAAUGAGAUAUUAUGUAAACAAUACUCAUAUCACUUUAAGUAGCAAGAAUACAAUGAUGAACGUGCAGUAGGGAACUUGCCAGUUUCUUACGUUUGAAACGUUCUCAUUUGAAACUAGAUGUAUUUGUUCUGUGUUCAAAUCCAUAAGAUUAGCAUCGUACGUAGAAUGAAGAUCUCAUAGUUUGUCAUUCUUCGAGUUUAUCGAAAUUUCAGUUCCAACGCUCAUUGUAAUUAGAUAAUCUAUUGUUAAUCCUAACCUAACUUAACUACACAGGACUAAAUCUCGAAACAGGAAACUGUUCACUGUCUUUCAGAGCAGCCAUAUUUGUUCGCUUGUUGGUUGCACAUGUGAGUAAAUAAAAAUAGCCUUGCCCGAAACAUGAUAAACGAACAUUGAAACGUAUAAACAGUGCUGCAUUUACAUAGAUUUUUGUUUGGUUGCGUUUCGUAAAAAGCGUUGGUUGUAGAAAUAAAAAUGCGACUGGUGCCUAUUUUUGAAGACAAAAUUAUUCUUGCUGACGCCCUGUGCACAUGUGAAUAGAAUAGUUGGGUCAGAGUGCAAAGAAGAAGCAUACAAGAAUGGCACUUAAGCUUUCGGUGGAAACUACUUUGCGCUAAAAGCAUGCAACAACAGCAUCACACUUGGGCAACUAUAAGUAAUCUCUAACGGUAAGGUUAUGUUCCGAAAUUGAACAACAUUCUAGCGUAAAUUAAGUCAAUGUGAUACAGAUGGUUAGGAAAGUAAAAUUUUAAACUUCGACUCAUUCGACACGUCUUGUUUUGAAAUACAUUGCGAGGAUCAUAGGAGGAAACCAUCAUCAGAUCAAAACGGACUCGUUCCGAAUUGGAGUAACCUAACGAUUUAUAAUUACAUUUAUUAACAAAAAAAGUAACAUCCUUAAUGGAAUAUGUGCAUAGUUUACGAAAGUCUAUGAAGUAAAUAAUUCAACACAAAGAAAAAAAAUACAGAUUGCGAAAGAAGAUUGUGAAUCGUUUAGGGGGGAACAAAUUAUUGGUUAUUCCAAAAAUGGGUAGACAGUUUGCAGGAAAACUUUGUGAAUAGAGUCAAUGUUAAAUUCGGAUAGUAAUUCCGAAAUAGGAACAACAGGGGCUGAACUGCAAUCUAAUUGGUAGUUUCCUUUCGGAUAUCUGAAAAUAAAAUUUGGAGUAUUAUGCCAAA